UAACAAACCCGUGAAUAAUGUAAACCAAUUAGUGGGUGAUGCAAGGACCGAAAAUGCGCGCGCGUUGCUAAAGAAUCUAGAAAGCGAGAAAGUUUGCGGCUCGCUAUAAGAUUGCUUGGCUUUUCCUGCUGCUGGUGCCUCUCGUCCGUCGGCCAUUAAUGACACACACCAGAGAAAACGGGAAAACAAUACAGUGUGUGUACGGAGUGGAGUGUGUGCGAGUGCGGCCAAGUGUUGUGGGCUCGGAAAACUCCAAGAAGCCAGUGGAGAAGUGGGGUCCACUCGAAUCCGUGAAUCGCAAGCGUUUCUUCUUCGACUGCAAGCGGCGUACAGGGUGCACCGUGCAAAAGAAAGGCAACCAAGGCAUAUUGUACCUGCACUGUUUUCUGGGCGUAGAACAGCUGUGCAUAACGGGGCGCUAGACGAAGCGGAGGAGGAGGAAGCAGGAGGAAACCAGAACAGCCAGAAGCACCCAAAGACGAAGCCAUGUCCAGCGAGGAAGACAAACCGCCGGCGCCGCCCGUGCGUCUCACCAGCAAUCGGGGCGGCAAUGAACGAUCGGGAGGAGGAGUGGGCGUCGGCGGCGGAGGACUGGGAGGUGGCGGAAUGGGAGAUGUACCGCCCGACAUGCGUCCGCUGCCCAAGGAACCCGACGACUCCGACCGGAAGAAGAAAACGCUGAAGAGCAAGAUCAAAGGAUCGAAGCCCUCGCACACGGACUCCAAGCCGAACAUCUCCUAUCCCACGAACUUCGAGCACACGGUCCAUGUGGGAUUCGAUGCUGUCACCGGCGAGUUUACCGGCAUGCCGGAGGCAUGGGCACGACUCCUGAUGAACUCCAACAUCAGCAAGCAGGAGCAGAAGAAGAAUCCCCAGGCCGUGCUCGAUGUGCUCAAGUGGUUCGACAACACUACCAAACAGAGGCCAAGUUCCAAGUACAUGACAAAUGCCAUUACGACGCAUUCAGGAUCAUCGCUCAGCCGCGUCAGCAGCAGUAGUCCGAGCAGCACGCCAACGGACUCGGAGCUGCACGGCUCCAACAGCGGAGGCAACCUGAUUGGCGUCCAGUUGGGCAGUAUGACUCUGGGUCCCAACGCCAACAACGUGGCCGUCGCUGGCCAAAUUCUGGGCAACCACUACCAACAGCAGCAGCAGCACCUCCUUCAGCAGCAGCAGCCACUUUUGCACCAGAACCACAACCAGCAUCACAUGGGCAUAAGUCAAUCGCACUCGUACAACUUUGUCGGACACACGGCCUCCUCAUCCACAUCGCAACAUUCAUCCGCUAACGAGGACGAUAUGCUGGGACCACAGCAUCCGCAGCAACAGCCACCACCUCCACCGGUGGCCUCUAGGCCUGAGCGCACGAAAUCCAUCUACACGCGGCCAAUCGAGGAUCUGCAGCCAGCCAUCAUCCCCAUGCCAGUGGCGCCAGCAACCACGCCUACAACGCCGCUGCAAAAUCAUAGGACGCCAGGCGGACCAGCGGCAUCGCCAAUGAUGCACAACAAUGCCACGACGACGCUGGACAAGAAUAAAAACAAUGCAAAUCUGUACACACCGGAACCCACGGUAGCCCAAGUGUCAGCCGGUGGCCCAAGUCCUCAAGUGGCUGGAAACCAAAUCGCCGUGCCCCAGGCAGCUGUGGCUGCGGCUGCAACGCCCAACACGCGGGCAGCCAACGCCAAGAAGAAAAAGAUGUCCGACGAGGAGAUCUUGGAGAAGCUGCGCACCAUUGUCUCCGUGGGCGAUCCAAAUCGAAAGUACACCAAGAUGGAGAAGAUUGGCCAGGGUGCCUCUGGCACAGUGUACACUGCAAUUGAGUCCUCGACCGGCAUGGAGGUGGCCAUCAAGCAGAUGAACCUUUCACAGCAGCCUAAAAAGGAGCUCAUCAUCAACGAGAUCCUUGUGAUGCGGGAGAACAAACACCCGAAUGUAGUCAACUAUCUGGACAGCUACCUCGUGUCUGAGGAACUGUGGGUGGUCAUGGAGUACCUGCCCGGCGGCUCUCUUACCGACGUCGUCACCGAGACCUGCAUGGACGAGGGCCAGAUCGCAGCUGUUUGCCGAGAAGUGCUGCAAGCCCUGGAGUUCCUUCACGCCAACCAGGUUAUCCAUCGCGACAUCAAGAGUGAUAACAUCCUGCUGGGCCUCGACGGCUCAGUCAAGCUGACUGACUUUGGUUUCUGUGCACAAAUAUCGCCGGAGCAAUCCAAACGCACAACGAUGGUAGGCACACCCUACUGGAUGGCUCCCGAGGUCGUCACCCGGAAACAGUACGGACCCAAGGUGGAUCUUUGGUCUCUGGGCAUUAUGGCCAUAGAAAUGGUUGAGGGCGAACCGCCGUACCUAAACGAGAAUCCGCUAAAAGCCUUGUACCUCAUUGCCACCAAUGGCAAGCCAGAGAUUAAAGAAAAAGACAAGCUGUCCUCAGCAUUUCAGGACUUCCUCGACCAGUGUCUGGAGGUGGAGGUGGAUCGGCGAGCAAGCGCAUUGGACUUGCUAAAGCAUCCCUUCCUGAAACUGGCCCGUCCAUUGGCCAGUCUGACUCCCUUGAUCAUGGCCGCAAAGGAGGCUACCAAGGGCAACUGAUUGACAACCAAGAAGAAACCGCUUAUUUAACCACUACUGAUGAAUUACUACUGCAGAAAACAACAAGAACAACAACAACAACACCAACCACAAUAGCAACAAUAACUGUUAUGCAUACGAACAGAUGAUGAAUUAUUAAUGAUUAUGAGUACUAUUAUUAAUUAUUUAUAUAAACGUAUUAUAUACACAUAUUAUUAUAUUAUAUCUAUUAUAACGAGACAAACAGCAAAACUAAGAAUAACUGCAUAUGGCAAACAAGAGACACGCGUAGUUCAAUUUUCACAAAUGGGUUUUCUGUUGAUUAAAUACAGCAAAAAAAUCACACGUUGCUUUGGCCACCACAUCAUCGAAACAUGUUUCCAACAUUUGUUAUACCAAAACAUAAACUUAAAUUUGUAUAGAUCCAAAAUUUGUUUUGUGCAUUUUGAAUGCGUUUCAAAUUAUAAGCCUAAAGAUCAUGUAAAAUGAGUAUACAAAAAAACACACAUACACUAUAGUUGUCAACAUUAAAACAUUAGAAUUGGUAACUCUUGCAUUUAAACGAAAUGAAAAUAUACAUACAAAUUUUUACAAUGUAUAAAGCACUUCAUUUGAUUUACUUCGUCAUUACAUUACAUUUCUAUAAGAAAGCUUACAAAAUAAUUAUAUGAGAGUAUGAACUUUGGAACGCUGUUACUAACCCUAUGACUUGGAGUAUUAUCGCUGAUUUUAGUAAAAGUUUCAUUUAGUUCAUAAACUGCUUUAUUUAAUAAAAAUAUAUUUUUAUAUGAUUUUAAAA